CGCCGCCGCACGCGUCUAAAGGUCGGUUAUGCAGUGUUUACCCCACGAUAUGCUCUAACUACAAAGUGCUCCGUGUUUUUCUCACAUAAGUUCUUUGAUACGACCGCACGAUGCCGCUGCAAAUCCGGCGGGGUCGAUGCACCUCGUUCCUUCGGGAGAACCUUCUCACCAUGCUCACUGUCAUCGGCGUGGUGGCAGGAACCCUGCUGGGCUGGGGGCUCCGCGCCACUGGCUACGAGUGGUCCCGCCGCGAGGUCAUGUACUUCCAGUACCCUGGAGAACUGUUCCUCAGGAUGUUGAAGUGUCUCAUCGUGCCGCUCCUGGUGUCAUCCAUCGUGUCAGCUAUUGGAUCCCUCGAUCUCAGUCUUUCUGGCAAGGUGGGCAUGCGCGCCAUCUUGUAUUACAUGACGACGACAAUUUGCGCGGUGAUACUGGGCAUCGUGCUGGUAACCACCAUCAAACCAGGCAAGGACCCCGACUACAAACAGCCUAACAUCACCAAGCUCAUCAAGAAGGAUACCCUCACUUCAGAUACGCUGCUUGAUUUGAUCAGGAAUGUAUUUCCGGAGAAUAUCGCGCAGGCUACCAUCGCCACGUACCGGACGAAGCUCAUUUACGACAAAAAUGACACCAAAGCCAUCAAAGGUCACCUGGACACGUACAAGAUCGAGGGCGACUACCAGAGCGGCAGCAACGUGUUGGGGCUGGUGUGCUUCAGCAUCGUCCUGGGCAUCACCCUGGGCAAGAUGGGCGAGAAGAGUCGCCCGCUGCAGAACUUCUUCCACUGCCUCUCCGAAGCCAUGAUGAUCAUCACUGGAUGGGUUAUUUGGAUAUCACCGCUCGGCGUGUUUUUCCUCGUAACGGCGAAGAUUAUGGAGAUAGAAUCUUUCCAAGAGCUGAUCGGGCGGUUGGGCCUUUACUUCAUGACGGUACUGCUGGGCCUCUUCCUCCACGGAUUCGGGACCCUCAGCAUUCUGUUCAUAUUGACCACCAAAAAGCUACCGUGUCGGUACAUCGCCAAGAUGGGACAAGUCAUGGCCACUGCGUUUGGUACAGCCUCCAGUUCAGCGACAAUGCCGAUCACGAUAGGCUGCUGCGACGACAUGGGCCUGGACCCCCGGAUCACUCGGUUCGUGAUCCCCAUCGGAGCCACGAUCAACAUGGACGGCACGGCGUUGUAUGAGGCGGUGGCUGCUAUCUUCAUCGCGCAGCUGAGGAAGGUUGAGAUGUCUUUCGGGAAGAUCGUCGCUGUCAGUGUGACAGCAACGGCAGCGAGUAUAGGCGCGGCAGGCAUCCCUCAAGCGGGGCUGGUUACCAUGGUGAUGGUGCUGGACACCGUCAACCUGCCCGCUGAGGACGUCUCCAUCAUCCUUGCGGUCGACUGGCUGCUUGACCGAUUCCGCACCACAAUCAACGUGGUGUGCGACGCGCUGGGCGCCAUCAUUGUGACGUCACUGUCUCAAGGCGACAUCGAGAAGUCGCGCGCCGUGCAGAACGACCGCGAGCUUGCGCCGGCGCACGAGCUCACCGAACUCGAGAAGGGCGACCAUUGAAUGACAUAUAGGUCGACAAGGAUCUCGCUUGGAUGACAUUGAUGGGAGGGCGCUGGUGUGCAUCAUCUCCAUUCUCCAUUUAUAACAACUGUCAAAAGUGACGUUUUUAUAGGAUGCGGCGUUAGUUCCGAUAGCGGCGUCGUGCCAAACGAUCCUUGUCGCUCUAUAGCGUCCGACCAUUAACGGUUUAUAACCGUUCUGUGUUCAAAUAACGUUAUUCAGCGUUAGCGUUACUUCGUGCCCGGACAAUAACGUAUUUGCAAUAGCGUCUAUGUUGUGAUUCUUCGAUACGUUGGAGUCUUUUGUUAUGUCCCCGAGACAAAAAUGUCAUAUCUCUUUAUUGAUCUGUUUUAUCGUUUUAUUAUCUCCCGUAUAGUCAUAUCAUUGUUUUGAAUUUAAAUUCGCUAUUUAGAUUAGAAUCAAAAAUCUAUUUAAUAUACAUUUUUCGAUGGAUUUUGAAGUAGAAUGGUAGAGAGUUAAGCCAAAUAUUUAUGGAAGAAUGAAUAAACGUAACUUUUGAAACUGGAAGAAUAUUUAAAAUGUAGAUUUUGUCAAUGAUGAAGCUAUUUGUGUACUAGGGGUCUAAAGAGGCCGCAUUUGUAGUUUUCUUUUCUAAAAAGCGAAGUUGCAUUAGCGCUUAAAAAGUACCUAAGUACGCUUAUGCUUUUUUUAGAUGAAUUGCUUUAAUGUGGCCUAUUUAACCCCUCUGGUUUAAAGUUGUUAGAGGUUACGCUAUCGGUGUGUUCUCAAUGUGCCAUUAUAGUACUAUGGAAUUGCAAGCGAGACGAUAUGAACCUACUUCUACUGUACUUAAAAGCUCUUUCAUGAUAUCUCAAUAAGUCAUCAUAGCUCAUUGUGGGUAGUCGGAUGUUGAGACGUCGUGGAACGGAUUUUGAGCUGGUCAUCCUGUGCGCUAUUAAUAAAACGAAAUACGUAAUUAAUCCUUCAACUCUAGACGAACUGGGGGUUUGAAAUGGCUUCUUUGAAGCAUCUAAAAAGCAAUAUUGCCAUUGCGCAUUAAAAGUAAGUGCGCAAUGCCAACAAAUUUAAAAAAGCGAUAUUGCUUUUUAAGAUGAAUUGAUUCAAUGUAGCGUUUUUUACCCCUCCCUUUACUACAAACAUAUUAUAUUGUGGACUAACCCUAAUAGAUAAAACAUAUAAGCGAGCUUCUCCAUGACGCGAUGCAAUUUGUGCGAUUUCCGAAGAAAAGACAAACGAGACGUACUCUUUAUAAAUUAUCAAAGCAUGCCUAUGAAAGUUUAAUGAAAUAAUGAAAUGUCGAAGACAACGUCGUCGUAAUAGUGCUGGCAUUCUAAUUCUAACAUAGCAUAUCCAUGCGAUAUUUGAUAGCGUCGUGCGAUGCGAUGUGAGAUGGUCUUACUUUUACAAUAAUGGUAAAAUACCCAUUGUGAAUAAAAAAAGUAUUUUAUGAAUGAACGAGUAAAUACAAUAAUAAAAGGCGAGUCCAAUUCAGUUGCACUGUCUGCUAAAUAAAUUAGUGUUUGUCCAUUGUAUAUCAUGUGGAUAUUUUGGUUGAAUGAGGUGGGCAGCUUUGACAAACUUGUAUGCUGGACGUCACGUGACGUCAUAUUGCUAUCCUGCUUUUUCUACGCAGAAACAGUGCGCGGUGCGAGUUACAUCGAGGGUUUCGAGUAGUUUCGACCAAUGAACACAGCGAAUGUUAUCUACGUCGUAUUAUUCCUCGUCGUCGUAUUGGUUAAAGCCCUCGAUAUAAUUGCACCGCGGUUGCCGUCCCGUGACAGCUGGGGGAUUACCAAGUUGCAAACAAUAAUAGGGUAGUUUCCAACUAGUCAAAUCAGUUACUUUUUAAUAUACGUCAAAACACGAGAUGACUUUGAAAUUUUUAUGAAAAACCAACCUGUCAUAGAAAAACGUGAUAAAAUGUCGCACUUAGUAUUACAUUUUUCUUUAUUAAAAUUCUUAAAUAAGUUAACGUUUAUUGUCACCUUUAUAUCUGUCUUUAUUUAAUAAUCCCAAUUUCAUAAUUAAUCAUUGACCUAGGAAACUACCAAAUUGACAGUAACAGUGAUAAAAUAAGAUGAUAUGUCAAUCUCAUAUAUUUUGAUUACUGUCAUUAUCUAUUCUAUUGUCAUAAUCCUUUACAACUUGUGUAAGGCUCCUGUCUGUGCAUUAUCGCAUUUUGAUACUGCAGUUUGUAUUUGAGAUUUAUGACAACAUGAAAUCCUUAAAACCAAAACAACUCUCCAUCUAUUUUUGUAUGGAUGUAUAUAAACGUAGUUGAUGUUCGUUCAAUCUAUUUUAUGUAUAAACAUGGGAAUUGUGCCAUAGUUUCAUUAAGUAGAUGAUUUGUAUGAACGUUUGUAUAAGUAACUAUAAUUUUGUUGAGUUAUUGCAUUCCAAUUGAAGAUUGAGUGGAUUCAGUGAACACUAAAGUGUUUUAAAACGUUUUAAAAUACUAAAUGGUUUUAUUUCGAUCGUUACAAACGAUUUAAAAAGUUUGUUGUUUAUUUAUGUAACUUGUUUAUGAGUGGAGGACAAUGUAUAUGUUAGUUUUUCCGAAAUAGUAUAACGUAACGUCGGCCGAUGUUGGCCUAGCCAAAUAUUAUUAUUGUUAAGUGAAUGUUAGGCCUAACAUUUUGAUGGAUAUUCGUCUUGAUAAAAGAUUUUAAUAUUUAUAAACGUUUUAUUAAGAGUUAAUAUAAUGUAUUCGUGUUUAUGUAGAGAUAGUAUUUAUGAUAGCUCUAGUCCGCAUGUGUUACAUUGGGGUACCUAUAUUCUUCUGUGCGGUUACGUAUAUGAGCCGUUGGGGAACUAUUGCGUUGAGUACCUAUUGAAAGUGAUAUAUGCGAGCAUUAUAGUACCUGUAAUGUCCUCCAUGCCCACGUGGGAAUGCUCCAAAUCUAAAAGAUAUAUUUCAAAGCUUGAAUGACUAUUGGUCCGAAAUUCGGUAGCAUAUGUACCUAAACUGGACAGUAGUACAUAAUUAGAGUUGAUAUUACUGUUCAUUGUUUUACUUGAGUUCAUAAAAGUAGCAACAAUGUUAUUAAUUGUCAGAACAAUAAUAUAAUAAAUACAUUUCAUAAUAUUUUAUUAACGUUGCUUAAAUGCGUUAUUAACGCCAUAUAGUUUCGAAAUAGUAACAAAUUCGCUUUUCCGAAUGAAUGGACUACCACCGAGUUUAGGUAAAUAUGCCACAGAAUUUCCGACCUAGGUAUAUUGAUGACUCUAUCGAACAUGUCUAAAAAGGCCACAUUCAAGCAAUUUAUCUUAAAAAGCGAUAUUGUUAUUUGACAUUUGUUGACAUUGCGCACUUACGUCAAACUACAGUUUUGCUUUUCAGAUGAAUUGCGUCAAUGUAGCCUUUUAGAUCCCCAGAUUCUUAUAACAACAAGAACUGACAAUAUGAACAGUCAAGCUAUAUCAGUAAGGCUAUGUAUUAUGUGUUAAAAUGCUUGUUGUGUUAGUGUAGGCGCCUAGGACCUACAUUUCCGGAACAAAGAGCGUUUGCAUGUUAUUUUCAUUAAACCAGAAAUUAUUAGGAUUACGUAUCAGGGUAAAAAUAUAUCGAAAUAUCCCCAUUACAUAUCUAGUAUACGCUGUUUGUGGUUUAUGCGGUUAUUAUUAUCAUUAAAACAAUUUUUACUGGGUUCUUACCGCCUUAAAUCAGGGAUGUGAGACUCCCGAUAUUUUGAAAUUGUUGAAAGUGUCAUAUUUAGUGAUAUGCCGUUCCCGGGAAUCUUCCCUGUAUGGGAAUGUCCCGUUGUAAAAUCUCUUUAAUAUUAAGAACACUGGCUACUUUACUUUUUCAAAUUGUUAAUUCUUGUACUCUAGUUUUAUCUGCCUAAAAGUUAGGUAAUAAAGCUCUUAUUACUUAAGUUUUUCGUCUUUUUACUACUGAGAAAGUUCCCAAAUCAUAUUCCUGAUUAAGCGCGGUAAGAACCCGGUAAAAAGUGUCUUGAAUAACCACCUAGGUACAUAAUAUGACAAUAUUUAUCACAAUAAUAAAUCAAGUCAGUAUUCUUAUAUUCUUUGUAUCUGUCCUGUCCAAAAUAAAAUAAAUCUUAAACUGAAGCACAAUUUAUUCCAAAUCUGACCAAAUGUAUAUUAACAAUAAGUACAAUUACGAAGCUCAUUUUACUGAAACUUCUAAAUAUUUCUCUAUAAAUGGAUAUAGUUGGAUGUUAAUUAUUUUAAUAAAGACUUAUUGUGUCUA